GCAUUGCUGCAACGUCGACAUUCACAAAUAUGAGAGGUAGGUUUAUGCUUUCAGGCCUGUGCACUGUGGUUACAUUUGCAUUCCUUGUGGGUUAUGCGCUUUCGUUGCCUUUUGACGAUGACUACAUAGCAUUCGAAUCGACAACACUGGAUCCCAGCACCGAAACGGAGCCCCAAGAUAUCGACACUACACUGCCGGCUCCCGUUCUGUGCGAAGAGGGAGAGGAAUUUCUGGCAGCGCCCAAUUGUCAGCAGUACUACCAAUGCCUGUAUGGGGAGGGAAUAUUAAAACUCUGUCCUCCGGACCUCUAUUGGGACCCGGCACUUGACGUUUGCGGCUGGGACUCAAAGUACUGUGAGAAUGUGGAUGAGCCCGCUGGCAAGGAGUCGGACUGUUCAUCUGGCCUGCCGUUCCUUCCCUAUGAGCCAGACUGCGGCAAGUACAUUCAGUGUGUCUACAAUAACGGGAUUAAGCAGAACUGUCCAAUCGGGCUUUUCUGGAACCAGCCACUCCAGAGAUGCGACUACACGUGUGACUCCCGUUUCGGGUACUCUGAAGACGAUCAGGAGCAAUGAACGAAUAUGUUGUAACCAACGAAAAUGCGUUCCCAAUAAAUGUAAUAAAACAAAAUACAUUUAAGCAAUUAAA